AUGGCUUCGUCCGGACGCGGAGCUAGCAUCGAUGACCUGCCCACAGAGAUCCUGCGCGAGAUCGUCGGCCUAGUAUGGCUCGACUCCAUCCCGAAAUCCUCCUUUCGCAACAUUGAUCCGCACGGGCUUCCCUCUUCAUACCCGGAUGGUCGCAAGAUCUCUUCCACUCAGAAUGAUACCCGCAAGACGCUCUACAACCUCUGCCUCGUCAACAAAGCCUUCUACCACGAGGCCAGGGUGCUCCUGUUUCGUCGCAUCCAGAUCACGCUUCCUCACAGCUUCAAUCUCCUCUUGAGAUCGCUCGGCGCCUCUCACUUGGCGAGUGCCUACGAAAAGUAUGCUCUCACCGGCAGCAUCAACGCCGAUCCUUCCGAUCCAGCCUCGUUUGUCAACAUGGUCGCAGCCGCAGGGUUUGCGCACGCGCUUGGACACAAGCUCGUCAUUGGUGGCACAGCAACUCCCACUCCACCAGCAAGUCGCAACCAAAGCCCAGCUCCAUCCAAGCAUGCCGCCGCCGUCGCUGCUGUCGCAGAGCGUGCCUCGUCCUUGAGCCGAACCGUGUCGCGCCGAAACUUUGUUCGCAUCAACGCGGAUCAAGACGGCGAAAUCGAGCUCAUCUGGACCGAGGAUCCCACAUCUACGCCGGAGAGCCCGGUCUACCACGUCACUCUUCGAGAAGAACACGACGAAGACGCCAGCACGCUUCACCACUGGGUGCGUCUCGUCGACUUUUCCAACUUCCGCACUCAGGGCAUGCGACGCACCAUUGGCGAAGGCAUGGAUCAGCGCUUUGUCACUCCGGCUCGUCUGCUUGCUCUUGUCACCGCUGCUGACGGUCUGGUUGCGUUUGGUGCGAGCGAGACCAUGGACUCGGCGCUGUCCAACGACGUGCUCGAGGCGCUCCUCUUUCGUGAUGGCGAGUACAGCAAGCCCAGCCGACUUCGUGGGGUUUCCGUCGAACGCAGCAGCGGUCGCUCUAACAAGAUGCUCCAGGCGCUCGACCUCUGCGAGUGCGUCUCUUCGCGCUUUCAAGAAGCCAUGAAAGAGUUUGUGCAGACGCACCUCAAGAAAUUCAGCGGCAGAACUACCAACACAGUGGAAGAGGAGGUCGAGUCAGACGAGGUUGACAUGGACGUCGAUGGCGAAGACGAAGAACGUGGUCGUGGGCGGAGCGCUUCUGGUAGGCAGCGAAGUAAGAGCGUCAGUCGGUCUGUAUCGACGAGACGGCGAGACGGAGACGGUCCCAGUCGCCAUCCUGCAAGGCCCACCACCUUUCCAUCUUUGAAUCGGCUCGGCCUGUCUGGUGUCACUCUGGACAACGAUCUCCUCAAUCCCUUCGUGACGGCAUUCCCCCGACUCACCCACCUCGAUCUCUCGAGGACCAAGGUGGAUGCUGCACUGCUCAAUGCGCUCAGCAGCUCGCACCAGCUCCAGCUCGAGAGCCUCUCUUUGGCAUUCUGCAAGCGUAUCACCUCGGAGUCUGUCGCAGAGCUGCUCGUAGACGCUUCUUGCACCCAAGGUCUUGUUGAGCUUUCCCUCGCAGGAACGCUUAUCUUUCCCACCCCCGUCGAAUCGGAAGAUCUUCGAGUCAUCAUCACGCAGGCGCCCUGCUUCCGUUCCGGCAAACUGCGCUAUCUCGACAUUGGCGGCUGUGCACUCACCGACGAGCUGCUCGGCCUGAUUGGUCCUCAGCCCUCUCUGCUCGAUCUCGGCCUCUCGCACUGUCCAGACAUCAGGCUCGAAGCUGUCAGCAAGCUGUUGCGUGAUCGCGCACCCAACGUACAAAUUCUCGAGCUCUCGGACUCGUGCACAUCUCGCUCCUCCACCGAGGGACUCACCACCAACAUCCCCGGCUACGACAGCCACGACUCGAGCGCCAUCAAUGCGGUACAUCUGCAGAGCGUCCUUGUGGGGCCGUGUGCCAAGACGCCGCCCAUCCCAAUCUCGGUACAGCUCGCUAUGAUGGGCUUCAAGACCGGCUCAGAUCCGCCACCGAGCAUGCCGGCGAACGCAAGGGCAGCAACGAAUCUGAGAGUGGUUGGACUCAAUCAGGCCUCGCUCAGGAGUGUCAGGGGAGGCUUUGGCAGCUGGAAGGUGAUUCGAGGAGCUGGAAGGAGAGGCUGGGUGGUUGACAUCGCGGCUGGUCCGAACCCGGAAGCUAGCGACGAAGCGUUGAUGGAGGAUGUCGAAGUCAUGCCGAAUGUCGGCGUUCCGAUGGAGCAUAGGGGAUCAGGGGACGGCAACGACGGCGGUCGCGAGACGAGCCUGAGGAGGGGCCGAUCGGUGAGGUACGACGACGAGGACGACGGCGAGGAUCGCGCCUCGCGUUCACUGCUCCGUGUUCCACCCGCAUCUCACUCUCCCUCGGCACGGCCGACGAUUCCGUCGAUCCGAAGAGCUCAUUCGGUGGGUGGCGGCUCUGGCUCGAGAUCGCGUUCGCGUCACAUCGUCGCUGCAUCGUACUCGCUCCCCUCGGAUGUCAAGCUGGUGCCACGCGAUGAAGUGGUGCGGGAUCUGCCUUUGGACCAUCCGCGUCGCAUCGCGCUGCAAAGGUUGGCCGACUGCAACGGUCAUGUGACGGGCGAUAUUGGGUGGCACAGUCGGAAGAUGGAGGUGUUGCUCGGAUUCGGCUUUCUGGGACGGGAGUCUGGGUUGUACGCUUUGCCGUCGUUUCAAGUUUGA